UGGAGCUGCGCUUUAACAAGACGGUUCGCAUAUGUGGGACUGUGACCUUCAUCUUUCAGAUGGUCAUUUAUAUGGGUGUUGUCCUGUAUGCCCCAGCUUUGGCACUCAAUGCAGUGACAGGUUUUGACCUAUGGGGGGCAGUGCUGGCCAUGGGCUUGGUGUGCACACUAUAUACUGCUCUGGGGGGGCUGAAGGCGGUGAUCUGGACCGAUGUGUUCCAGACGGUGGUAAUGUUUGCGGGCCAGCUGACGGUCAUCGUAGUGGGGGCCAAUCAGGCUGGGGGCAUGGCAGAGGUGUGGAGGAAAGCGGUCAAUGGCAGCCGCAUUGCUGGACUGGACCUGAACCCUGACCCUCUGGAGCGCCACACCUUCUGGACGCUAGGUGUGGGAGGAGUCUUCCUGAUGUUGGCUCUGUACGGGGUCAACCAGGCCCAGGUCCAGAGGUACCUCAGUUCUCGUACGGAGAAAGAGGCCAUCAUGUCUUGCUACGUAGUUUUCCCGUGCCAGCAGAUUGUCUUGUGUUUAGGUUGUCUGAUGGGGCUUGUCAUGUUUGCUCGCUAUGGAGAGGACAGCCCUCUGGACAAGGGCUUCGUCAAAACUAAUGACCAGAUGGUGCUGUACUUUGUAAUGGAUGUGUUUAAGGAUCUGCCCGGGCUCGCAGGACUGUUUGUAGCCUGUCUCUUCAGCGGCGCUCUCAGCACCAUCUCCUCAGCCUUUAACUCCCUAGCCACCGUAACCAUGGAGGACCUGAUUAAACCUCAUUUUCCAAACAUGACUGAAGCUAAAGCUACGCUGCUGUCCAAGGGCCUCGCUUUGGUCUACGGCCUGGUGUGUCUCGCUAUGGCCUACGUCGCCUCUAUAAUGGGAUCUGUGCUGCAGGCAGCCUUCAGCAUCUUUGGGAUGGUGGGUGGUCCUCUGCUGGGCCUCUUCUGUCUUGGAUUGUUCUUUCCCUGGGCAAACUCUACCGGUGCAGUGGUCGGGUUAGUAGCAGGCCUUGCCAUGGCCUUCUGGAUCGGCAUUGGCAGCUUUUUGAUGCGUAUGUCUGAUACCAUCCCAGUGGCAGCACUCAACACCACUGCUCUGCCCCUGUUUGACAACAUGACCACCACUGUCAUGACUACACUGGUCAACUCCACCACAGCCAAGCUGAGGCUGACGGGUGUGGAGGCACUCUACUCGCUGUCCUACAUGUGGUAUAGUGCUCACAACUCCACCGUGGUGGUGGUGGUGGGACUGCUAGUCAGCUUCCUAACAGGGCCUAUGAAGGAGAAUGACCUGACCCCCGGCACAGUGUAUCCAGUCCUGGGCACACUGCUCUUCUUCCUGCCUGAGCACUACAAGGAGAAGCUCUGCUGCGUCACUCCUCUGCCCACUCCUCACAAGCCCAAAGAAAUCGACACACAGCCAUAUCAGAUGGCCAAGAUAGACGGCAACGGAGCAGCAUACUGCAAAGAGGACACAGUCACAGAGGACAAAGAGACGGAGAGUGACAGAGCCCAGACGGAGGAGAAAGACUUGGAAACAAGGAUCGCUCGGCCCUCAUGUCAGCUGACCGCUCACACGGUUCAGGAGACGGCCUUGUGAUCCUGUCUUCUCCUGCUAAUAACACGUACACACAUUCACCACCAGCUACUGUACAGUCCAGUUCCUUAGGGGGAAGUGCAGCAAAAGACGGAUCAAAGAUGUGAGGGCCAUCAUUAAGUAAAAUAUCCUGAAGGUCUACAACACCAAGUUUGGGUUUUUUAUAAUUUUAUAAUCAGUUUAAUCUGAUUAUAGAAAAGGUUGAUGGACUUCAGCAUCUGUGUGAGGGGGGCGUUUUAUUGGUACCAGCUCCCACUUUUUUUCUCAAGAAAACAAACCCAACUGGAAAUCAGCUUUCGCCAUGGGAGACUGUGCAGUAAAUGGCAACAGUCGAAGAAGAAAUUAGUCAGUCAAUAUCCAUUAGCGACAUUGACGACACACUGUUGUAUGUCCAGAUGUGUGCAGUUUGAAGGUAAAAAAAGAGUGGCUAGCUCUCAUGCACAAUGAGCUUUUCCACUGUGACUAGAUCCAGUCAUUCAAAAGAAUCAGGUAGUUAAACAAGAUGUAAAUGAUUUAAACAAGAUGUGUUAUUUUUGUAGAGAAGAUGGAGCCAUAAAAUCCCAGAAUAUG